GGGGAUGAGAAAUUGGUUCAGUUGGUUCCACUUGAGGUACCGUUGCAUGGUUGAAUUUUCUCAGUGUUUUUCUUGUUUAAAAAAGUAGGGAAAUCGUUUUCUUCAUAAAUAUAUAUAUACAUAUUUUGGAAUCGGGCACUUAGUGACAACGCUUGCUAAAACCCCUUUCGCUCAGUUUCAUAGAGAGCGAAAACGUCACACGGGUCGCACCUGCCCUCAGGGACUGAUCGCUGCCUCACAUUGUGAGUGGUUAGGAGUGAAAUAAACUGGAGACAACUGCACUGGGGAGCUGUCCAGAAAAUCGAACUAUGGAAUACGUGGACAACUAAUUUACCUAUGCUUUGAUCCAAGGAUUUGGGGGGAUUAUAAACGAUAAGGAAUUUAUCAAAUCAGUUUUGGACUUUUACCUGAGAACUUGGUUGAAUCUCUUCGUGGCCAACACUUCAGGCCAUUUCUUGGAGGAACUUCUGUGGUCGACAGAAUGGCACCGCUCGACUGCUUGAAACUACCAGUCUUCUUUCAUGUGAUUAUACCUAUAAUGGGUCAGCUCAGCCUGCCACGCCCUGUGCUGGAUCCCUCUUUGGACACACACAUUCUCAAACCUGGGAGGACACUCACCCUCACAUGCAGAGGUGCGGCCGAGCUGCGGUGGAAGCUGCCAUUGCGGAAUGAGACGUGGAACGGUGUGGACGUGAAGAAUUGUUCACUCGAGACAUACUGCAGGAAGCUAGUGGUCAAACAUCUGCACCACAACGACACGGGACUCUACAGCUGCAUGUACACCCAGGACUCGGCCAGUGUCAGCUCCACUUAUGUCUACAUCAAAGACAAACGCCACCCCUUUGUGGAGCAACAUGCGGACAAUCCCUACAUCUUGUUUUCGUACACACACGAGGUUUCUCUAACGGUCCCCUGUAGAACCACGUCUCCUGACAGGAACGUCACUCUUGAAGCGAUGCCAAGCCUCUCAAAUAAGACUCAACAAGAGAAGAAAUGGGACCCAAAAAUAGGCUUCGAGAUCCCCCACGGUCGCAACGAUUACUACCAUUUAUUGACCUGCAUCACCAAGGUCAACGGGCAAACGUUCAAGUCUUUAUACAUCCCUUCCAGGAUAUCCAAUGACCUGAAACAGGUGAAGAUAAUUACGGAACAAACCAGGUUCUUAGUAGGAGAAUCCCUUUUUCUUAACUGCACUGGAGAGACCACCUUUAAUGGGCACAUCAGUUUGACAUGGAAGUACCCCAAGGCCAGUCGAAAACCCACCUUUGCGCCAUAUCGGCGUGCAGGUCAGAUCACCACUGUGUCCAACGCCGUUACCUUCACUAAUAUCACCACGGACAACACGGGCGUUUACGCGUGCCAAGGAGGGACAGGUGACGACGUCAACGAGAGAAAGCUUUACGACAAAGUCAAAAUCAUCGUUUACGAAAAUCCAUUCCUGAAUGUGUCCUACAAGUCUUCACAGACCAGUAGGCUGGUUUUCAUGGAGGGUGAAAAGGGUCUGAUGCUUGAACCCAAGGUCAAUGCACUGCCACCUCCAGACAUAAUCACAUGGUAUAAAGACGGGGUCCCCAUUAACAACAACUCCACCUGCUACAGGAUGUCACACUUCAGGCUCGUCAUUAUGGACAUGAAGGAAACUGAUGCCGGUGUCUUCACCAUUGCCCUUGGCAACAGGGAGAAAGGCCUCUACAGAAAUCUGAGCUACACUCUUGUAGUCCUAGUGAAACCAGUGAUCUCGGAGGCGGAGCUGGCUUCGGCGGACGUACUGCCCUACGCCUUCUCUCAGCAGCACCAGCUGACCUGCACGGCCUACGGGGUCAACGCCCCGGACGUCACUUGGCAGUGGCGGCCGUGUGACCCGGACUCGACCCCAGCACGGUGUUCCUUCAACACUGUGCCCAUCCCAGUGCAGGUUAACUACACAGGUCCUUACUCACACAACGAGAUUGUGAGCAUAGAACAGCGUCCUGAACUGGUGCAGGGGAAGAACAAGACCGUGAGCACGCUGGUGGUGAGGGCGGCCAACGUCUCCGGAAUCUACAGCUGCACUGCUGGGAACACAGUGGGCAAAAGCUCGUACACAAUCCCAUUCUUCGUGGACGAUAACAUCCAGCCUCUGACCAUUGAGCCACAGACGGCCAUCGCGGGAGACAACAUCUCACUGACCUGCAGGGGAACACGUUACCUGUACACGGACCUCCAGUGGUACGACCCUCAGAACCACACCAUCAGCUCCACCCUCAAGCUCAGCCGCUACACCCUCACCACCUCCCUGUUCCUGAGCAACGUGUCCACGAACAACACCGCCGGCUACCAAUGCUGGGCGCAAAACCUUCACCACAAGUGGAUCGUAGUGAAGAGUGUGCUAACUGUCAAAGAGAGGAGGCGGCCAUGGCUGAGUCAGAACCUGACCGAUACGAACCUGAACAGCAGCAGUACUCUGACAAUGACCUGCCACGCCCAUGGAGUGCCCCCACCGAACAUCACCUGGUACAAAGACGACGUGCGACUGGUAGAAGGUCCAGGAAUUACCCUGAAGCAGGGCGCGGUGCUGACCAUCGAGAGGGUGAAGAAAGAUGACGAGGGCGUGUACAAGUGUGUGGCCAGCAACGAUGGGGGGACUGUGAAAGCGAGUGCUAUGGUUACCGUGAUGAGUGACGAGGCCAAGGCCAACAUUGAGGUGAUUAUCUUGGUCUGCACAGGAGUGGCUGCCACCUUCCUCUGGCUCAUGCUGAUCCUCUUCAUCCGCAAACUGAGGAAGCCGGCUAACUAUAAGAUGGGUCCGUCCAUCAUCAUCGACCCGGACGAGUGUCCUCUGGAUGAGCAGUGUGAGCGCCUGCAGUACGACGGAAGCAAGUGGGAGUUUCCCCGGGACCGCCUCAGACUGGGCAAAACUCUGGGCCACGGAGCCUUUGGGAAGGUCGUGGAGGCCUCCGCUUUCGGGAUCGACAAGCUCUCGACCUGCAAGACUGUGGCCGUCAAGAUGCUGAAAGGAGGAGCUACGACAAAUGAGCGCAAGGCUCUGAUGUCUGAGCUGAAAAUCUUGAUUCACAUUGGCCAUCACCUGAAUGUGGUCAACCUGCUAGGAGCUUGUACCAAGCCUGGAGGGCCGUUGAUGAUGAUUGUGGAGUUCUGCAAGUAUGGAAACCUGUCAAACUACUUGAGAAGCAGGAGGGCUGACUUCUUUGUCUACAAGAACCAGGAUGGUAAGGUCAUGACGUCGGGGUCGGGCUGCGACCUGAGCGAGCUCAUCAAGCGGCGCCUGGAGAGCGUGGCCAGCACCGGAAGCUCGGCUAGCUCUGGUUUUGUGGAAGAUAAGAGCUACUGCGACUCAGAGGAAGAAGACGAAGAGCCCGAAGAUCUUUACAAGAAAGUGCUGACAAUGGAAGACUUGAUUUGCUAUAGUUUCCAAGUUGCAAAAGGCAUGGAGUUCCUGGCUUCACGCAAGUGUAUUCAUCGCGAUCUGGCCGCUCGAAACAUCCUGCUGUCUGAGAACAACGUUGUGAAGAUAUGUGAUUUCGGACUGGCCCGGGACAUCCACAAAGACCCGGACUACGUUCGCAAAGGAGAUGCCAGACUGCCUCUCAAGUGGAUGGCACCAGAGGCCAUCUUUGACAAGAUCUACACCACUCAAAGUGACGUCUGGUCUUUUGGAGUUCUGAUGUGGGAGAUCUUCUCACUGGGGGCGUCUCCGUAUCCCGGUUUACACAUCGACGAGGACUUCUGCUGCCGCCUGAAAGAGGGAACCAGGAUGAGCGCUCCGGAAUACUCCUCCUCUGAAAUAUACCAGACAAUGUUGGACUGCUGGCAGGGCGAGUCAGGAGAUCGACCAACUUUCACUGAUCUAGUGGAGAGGCUGGGAGACCUGCUACAGGCCAGCGUUCAGCAGGAGGGCAAGCAUUACAUCCCCGUAGCUGCUCUGCUGUCCAAGGAGGGAGACCUCCCCAACACAACGCUUUUAGAAGAAACCAACACCAGACCCCUGUCUCACCGCCACUCUGGGAGCACAUGGAACAUCAAGAUCCGCCCAGCAAGCGUGAAGACGUUUGAUGAGGUUACCAUGGGGAACGGCACUAACGACACUCACGGGGGGUGCCAGUCGGACAGUGGCGUGGGCCUGUCAUCAGACGAUAUGAACACACUGAAGCGUCUGGAGUCCCUGGCCCGGCCUCUCAGCAUCAUGGCCCUGGCGAGGAAAGCAGUGAGUAAGAGUAAAGAGGCAAUGCUGACCGAUGGAGAAAAGGAGAAGUACUCUCAGCCUGUGUCUCCUCUGGACUUCUGCCUGGAUGACUCCUGCUUAGAGCCCGGCCUGGAGUGUCACAGCCCCCCCCCUGACUACAACUAUGUGGUGCGGUACUCUGCCCCACCUGUGUAGCCCACUCCACCCCGUCGCCAAGGGAGACGCCCCGCCCACCCCCCCCCCCGCCCAGGGAUAAUCUCUGUAACUCUGACUCUGUCUCAGACUUGGUCUCCUUCUCUGACUCUGUCUCAGACUUGGUCUCCUUCUCUGACUGUGUCUCGACGUCAAAAAAAAACAAAAAAAAAGCCUGCUUCUUUCCUGCUUUUUGAAUUCUUCAAUUCCUCCUCCUCAACAACAAGGGUUGAGAGGUAGAGAGGUUCGAGCCUUGUUAUAGGGUGGGAUGUGACCAUAGGACAUCCUGAAACACCUUUCUGUUCAUCUGCGCUUAACCUGCCUGCUUCCAUAAGUCCACUACUCCCCAGGCAGGAACCAGAGGAUAUCCUCUUCUGUAAAGACCCCUACGUCCCAGAGCCCGCCCCCCCCCCCCCCAUGUUUGGCUGGUCUCCCCCGCAACACGCUGUGAUGUCCAGACACCCAACUACUGUAGCUAGGUCAAACUAGAAACCUAUGUAGACAUAUAUACAGGCUCAGGUAAUGUAAUGAACUACUGUGAACAAUACAAGGCAGACCUAUGGAAGUAUUGGUGGCAGCAGGUUAUACUGUAGUAGGACCUAUGAAGGCGUUACCAUGGGGAUAAAGCAGCAGAGUAGUAGGAAAUGAGACGGGAGAUUGUAGAUGUUUCUUGUUUUUUAUCGGUUGUUUUUUUAUUCCUGUACACAUUUCACAGAAUUUAAACUGGAAAUAUAUGUGCUAUUCUGUUACAUUACGUAACAACAACUGUGUUCUGUUCUCAGUUGAAGCUCGUGUUUUUAAGAAGUGUCUGUUAAAACACACAAUAGGAGUGGUAGGUGAGAUUUGCCGUCUAAACAGAAUCGUGACAGAGUAGUGGUAGUUUAAACAGCCCAGCCUCGCUAAACGGAUUGACAGAGAACGAGGAGACCACUCUUGCCUCCAAUUUAAUGCUACAUCUCUCCCGGGAACAAAUAGUUGUAUCACUCGGUCCUGAUAUGAGCCAGUUCAUAAAGCGGACUGUGUAUAUUAUUGCUAUAGCCAUGUGGGAAGAGGAGACAAGAAGACAAGAGCUGUGUGUACUUGUGUUUAUUUUCAUAUGUACAAAGCAUGUUAAAAACAUGAGCUUGGAUUAAGGAGUUUAAAUAAAGUGUGGGUCUGAGAAGCACUAGCGAAAUAAACUAUGCAUAUUUAUUUAGGUUUAUGUCAUGUGUUGUCAUUUACUAAUCCAGAUCUAAUGUUUAACAAAAAUAUUUCACACUGAAGAAUUAACCAAGGGGAGCAUUCCCCCGGGCCUGCUUCAUAGCAAGAUAUGUAACAUUCCAGUAUUUAAUUUCAGAUUAGUAUGUUGUUUCAACUGCUGUAUACACAUUCAUUAAAGUAGCAAAGAUUGAGGAAUUUACUGUUUCUUUAGGAGGAAUGUUUAUUACGGAAAUAAUCUUUUACUGAUUUAUUUUGUUGUGUUGAAGGUAUAAUAAAAGCUAGCAGGGCAUGCUACAGGCAGCCUGUGUGUUAUCAGAACAAUGGUCAUUGUAUGCUGGUGUAUAACCUUACAUGUUUAGCUUGUAAUUUCCCUUUUAAAAAAAGGCUGUUAUACCUUUAAAAUAUCUUACUGAGAUGUAUGAUGAUUUUGGUCUCUGAACCCCUAAAUUCUACCAAAUGAUGUUUGUGUUAUUAAUGUGGACUGAUUGGACCAUGUCCCCACCGUGGAGAAAAACCGUGUAUGCACUGAUAUUUAUCAAAUAUCGAUUUUUGUACUCAAUGUAUUUUUAUUAGUAACCAAGCAUAAGAAGUGAAUACAUAAAUAAAGAUAUAUAUAUAUAUAUAUA